AAGAGCAGCAGUUGAGAAACCGUACCGUGAAAGAAUGGCUAGAAAGGCUCAAGCUCAUACUUUACGAUGCUGAGGACUUGUUGGAUGAGGUUGCAACUGAGACCAAGAGAAGGCAAGUGGAAAGCUUGAUGAGAAAGGUAAUGAAUUCUUGACUUUUAAAGGGGCUAUUACCGAGGCAAUUCCUGAGACGGUUCGGCACGUAUCAUUUGAUUUGAAUACAAAUUGUUCGUUUGCAAGACCUUUGAUGGAAGCCGAGAAGUUGCGGACGAUAGUCUACCCAAGCAAUAGAUGGCGCAGGUUUAGAUCACCUGUUGAACCAGCAAUCGCAAGUUUUAGAAGCUUACGUGUACUAGAAGGACUUGGCUUGCCAGAAAAUAUAGGGAAAUUGAAGUUGUUAAGGUACAUAAGCACAAAUGCAUCAGCCGAUCUCCCAAACUCGCUUUGCAUGCUAUUAAACUUGCAGUACUUGGAUCUCACGGAGUCAUGUGUGUCUCGAUUGCCUGAAGAUUUCUGGAAACUAAUUAGCCUGCGGUUUUUGGGCUUGAAGACAACAUUGACGCGUCUGCCAAAAGAUGGAAUCGGUAGGUUAACUUCUCUCCGGACGUUGUACUUUUACGAGUGUGACAAUUUGGAGUCUUUGGGUGAAGGGAUAAAACAUCUCUCUUGCCUUCGGGAUUUGGCCUUAAAGAAUUGUGAUAAGCUGGUUUCAUUGCCAGCUGGCUUUAGGCACCUCACUUCCCUCGAGCGUUUGGAAAUUGGUUGGUGUGAAAGCCUUAAUUUAUCGGAGGAUGAUGUUUUAAAGGGGCUUAUAAGUCUUGAGAAAUUGCAAUUAAAGCAUCUCCCGCGGUUGGUUAGUUUGCCCAAGGGGCUUCUGGAUUCUGUUGCUGCACUCACUCAUUUGGAAAUUGGAGGCUGUGAGAACUUAACUUCACCAUCAGAGUCCGUCCUCCCAAAUCUCCUAUCACUUCAAUCACUUACAAUAAGGUUUUGUGAAAAGGUUGCGUCCCUGCCAGAAGGGAUGCAACGCCUCACUAAGCUACAGGAUUUGGAUAUUACCGGGUGCAGUCUCAACACCGGGAGAUAUAGUGAAGGAGGAGAGUAUUGGCCGAAGAUCGCGAACGUACCUAAUAUUAAACGUCAUUAUUGAUCACAG